CUGGUAUUUGAAAUAUAUCUUAGCAAAAAUAAUGAAUUUGAUCCCUUUACUCUUCAGGUUGGUGCUGAUGGAGUCCAGUCUAAAGUGCGCCAAGUGGCUGGGAUAAACACGAUCGGUUGGGAUCACGGUCAGGCGGCUGUUGUUGCCACCGUUUGUAUGGGUGAGUUAUUUAUUACCGUACCUAUUGUUAUUCAACUGGAGCAAGCCUAUUAUCAUCAAUUAAAAGACAAUAACAUUUUAAACAAAUCGUGUAAGCGGUUUGUACUGCUCAACGAGGGCUACACAUGGAACUUUUGA